AUGUCGUCGUUUGGCUCCACUUCCCUCGUGUUUCUCACCGGAUCUGGAAUUCCUCGCGUCUUCGAAGCAUUUUCGAAUGUGUUCGAAGCCCCGACCGAGCCAGAAAUGGUAGAAAUUGAGAGCAGGCGAGCCCCCUGGUGUGAAGCUUGUGUUGCUUCCGAGUAUAGUUUUGAUGCUCAUGCAUACUCGUUAGUGAUCGGUAUCAGGGAUGCCAGGCAAGAGACCGCAUACUGCCAUGUGUUGGAGUCGCUGUUGGCCUCAGGUGCUCCAUCUUUGUAUCGAUUAGGAACUGUAACCCCAGUGUAUCUCCGUCUCCCUUUGGGAUUCCGACAUACAUUUGACUACAGUACCCCUCGACUGUUUGCGACACGGCGCAGCUAUCACUCGCGAUCUACGAUGUCGGGAAAGGGAUCUCGUCCGCCUUCGGGCAAUAGAAACCCCUCGGAGCCUUCGGAGGAUCAGCUUCUGACGCGUAUUGAGUUCGACCUUCUGGUGUCCGGUCAGAAUGCAUUGAUGCAUUCGUUUCAUUACUUUGCCGACACGCUCCGAAACAUGACUCCGAAAUUCGAUAGAAUGUACGAGAUGUUCCGCAGCAAGUUCAGCAAUGAUGUUGACCCGACAGUCUGUAAGCUCGCACCUCCACGCCUCGGUGACCCUUAUCAUGGAAUCACGCAAUUCGAGAAGGACCUUCGCAAACAGCGAAAACACUUUUUGGCCUGCACGAGAAUCGCAAGAUUAUUUGAGAAAGUCCUCGGAGACGUUCGCAAGGGACGUUUGGACAGCCACCUCGUGGAUCGUUGUAUCAGCAAAUUUGCGUCUGAACAUUGUAGUGAAUCCUCGGAUUCGUCUGACUCUUCUGACGACUCGGAUGCCGGAGAAUCUGAUUCAGAUAACCCGCCGUCUUCGUCCGAUGAUGAGAAAGAUGAUUCGGAUGACAACGCCUUCGGGAACCUCGAAUUCUCAGGAAGUGUAAAUUUCAGUUGCCUUCAGAAUAUGACUGGGUCAAACGGUGUGGACUUUGGCUUUCCUGCGAUCGGGUUCACCUUGAAUUCGAUAAAGUCGCACGGAGUUCCGUAUCUCUCGGUUCGGGUUGAUUAUGAUCCGCUUAACUUCGAUUCCAUUACGGAAGACGCAAUUAAGUGGUAUCAGUGGAUCGAUGAUAAAUUCGUGUUCUAUCACGAACAUCCUCCUCGACCUCCCCCAGAGUGCCCCGCCGAACCACAUUCUCACGAUGGAUUUUUCGUGAAGGUCGAAUUCGCGACUUGGCAUCGGAAUUCGGUUCCAGUCCAACAUCCGCGUUGCAACUGUGAUCCGUGGUACGAUGACCCUCUGUACGAUCACUCGGAUCCGCCAGAGUGUCAAGCCCUCGCAUUCGCAGCUGUAAUUGCCGAUGGACUUCGAGCAGGGAAAAAUAUGGAGGAUAUUAAAAUCGAGCCGCACCUCUUUGAGCUGCCUUCGACUACUCGUAUCCGUACCUAUUGGCCCUCGGAACCGACCCGCGCUGAGACUCUGUCCGAGAUGUCGACUCUGAGAAGAGCUUUUUCGACCUGGAAUCUCUAA